AUGAUGUUCGAAUAUGAAGAAGAUGAAGAUCCAAUGGAACAACAACAACAAAAAGAUCUUAAUAAGAAAGAUGAACAUCAUUCGUCGGAUUAUUCUGGAAGUCCACAAGAAAAUCCGUUUCGUUUCUCGUUUGAUAAGGCAAAACGAGCUCAAUCAAUGUAUGUGACGUCAUCAUCGGAAGAUUUGAUUGCUUACAGUACCCGACAUCUUCUUGAUUCGCCAACCGCCGUACAGGUACAUUUUCUUUCUUCUUUCUUUUGUAUUUCAACCACGUGGGGAGAUAGUGUAAAAAAGACCGGAAAGGGGCAAAGUUUAUCUUUUUUCCUAUGAUUUAUUUGUUUUUCUGACUGAUUUUUUUCGUGAAAAAAAAACAGAAAAAACUUGUUCCACUAAGAUAAAUGAAAGAUGAUCCUUAAAUCAAUAUAUUUUUUGACAAAGAUCAAAUUUUUCUUCAAAAUCAAAGAUCAUUGAAGUUCAAAAUAUCAAAUGUUGCAAAAAUGCUCGUUUCUCGGAAAAUUUUGUUUAUCAAUGACAAAAAAAGAUGAUAAACGUUUUUUCUUCAACCGCCACCACUUUUUUUCCGAAAAAAAGAGGUUCAAAUUGAACAGGUGUCAUUGAGAAAUCGCGUGAUUCUUCUCUUGUCAGUUCUCUGAUCUAAUUCAAAAUAAUGAAAAGAAAGAAAAAUAUUGGGUCGAUUUGAACAAAAAAAAAUGUUUGUGGGAACAUGAUCGAAGUUCGCUGAAAAACAAAGUGUAAUAAUAAUCCAAAGUAUUUUAUUUCAGCGUUCAUUGGUGUUGAAUGCAACUUCGGAACUCAACAUCGAUGUCGAUUUUUCUGACGAUGAUUUGAGUCCAUCGGUUCAACGAAAGAUUUGCUUUUGCGCAAGUCAGAAUCCAAAAGAAACCCAAGAACAAGGACAAAGACAACCAAAAACAUCAUUGACUGUCUCAUUUCCAUAUCAUACGCACCAAAUUACUGAGGACUAUACCAUUUCGGCCGAGGUUUCAUUUUUCCUUUGUUUCAUAUUUAUUCUAACAAUUUCUUUGGUUUCAGAUCAUUGGAAUCGGCGAAUCUGGUAAAGUAAUGGCGUGCUACAAAAAGGUGUCGGGUGAAAAGUUUGCGCUGAAAGUGUUGCGCGAUGGACCAAAAGCGCGUCGUGAAGUUGAACUUCAUUGGCUCACUUGGUAAUCAAAUUCCCCCAAAAUUUUCUCUAUUUUCCCCUUUAUUUGUAGCGGUCAUGAAAAUGUCGUUACGAUUCUGGACAUUUAUGAGAACACAUUUGAUAAUGUCAAAUGUCUUUUGAUGGUUGUCGAAUUUUUGGAAGGAGGCGAUUUAUUGAGCCAAUUUGAGAGUCAAGGAAGUCAACCAUUAUCGGAGAAAAGUGAGUUUUAAAUGACAAUCUAUGAAUAUUAAUUUUCAAAUAAAACUUCUUUUUUUCAGAAGUUGGUGAAAUAAUCCGACAAAUUGGAAAUGCUGUGAUGUAUUUGCAUGAUAUGAACAUUGCACAUCGUGAUAUAAAACUGGAAAAUAUUUUGUGUAGUAAAACGGGUGACGAUUGUAUCUACAAAUUAGGAGAUUACGGGUUUGCAAAACGUCCCGAAAGGAACGUUCUCAUGGAAUCGCCAUGUUGCACACCAUUUUAUGCACCACCAGAAGUAUUAGGUAGAGAACGAUAUGAUAAAUCAUGUGAUAUGUGGUCGCUUGGUGUUGCUAUGUAUAUUUUGUAAGUUUUCUGAUUUAUUGGGAAUGAAUGUGAAAAUGAUUUGUUUUUUUUAAGGUUAUGCGGGUAUCCACCAUUUUAUUCAAUGCAAGGAGCCGCGUUAUCACCUGGAAUGAGAUCAAGAAUAGCUAAAGGAUAUUACGCAUUCCCUCAUGAGGAAUGGGAUAUUGUAUCAGCUGAAAGUGAGUUGAAAUUCACAGCAAUACAAUUUUUUAUUGUUUCAAAACCCAAAAACCUCCCAGAAAUUCUCAACAAAUUUCAAUGUUUCCAGGCAAAGAAGACAUUCGGUGCUUGUUGCGUACAAAUCCAUCUGAUCGAAUGACAAUUCACGAAUUGAUGGCAACUCCAUUGGUAACUGGAGAAGAUUUGGAAAUUGCACGAAAAAAGCGAGGAUCAAGUGCUGUAAAUAUUCCAGGAGCAAAUGAAGAAUGCGAAGAUAUCGGAGAAAUUCAUAUUGAUCCAUUUGCCGAAGAAGAACCAGAUCAAGUCAACGAAGAAUUGCCAAUCCCAAAAAGUGUUCGAUUUUUACGAGAUGGUGUCAAAGCUCCAAGACUUCAUAGUAUUCAAGAAGAAGUUGGAAGAGCAAUGGAAAUUAUGCGAAUGGGACACGAUCAAAUAUAUGUCCAAAAUCCAAGUACAACUUGCAAUACACUUUUUGCUCGUCGACGCGCUGUUCAUUUAUCCAUUCCACGUGUUCAAUGUUAA